AUGGCAGCCUCGGAAGACCAUGCGGCCGACGACAGCCCCACGAACCCCGAGCUCGAUGUCAAGAAGCUCCACGCUCUCCCCUCGGAACAGCAAGACCUGUACUUGCUGACCUUCACCUCCGACCUCGCGCGCCAUGUAGCUUCAUUGGACGGCGAUGGAGCUUCGGCACACCAAAUCUACAUCAAGAAGGAGAUAUUCCAGAUCAUCAACCUGGCCUCCCCCGCGCCCACACGAGUGAUCCGAAACAACUUGGGACGGGCGAUUGCCGGCAUAUUCGAGAAAGGAGACAGGAAGCUGCUAUUCGAAUCCAUCAACGACUGUGUGGCUAUCGUGAACUCAGCCGGCAAGAGCGAUAAGGAUGUCCGUGCAAAGCAUGCUGCGGCUCACUGCUUGGGCGCCAUAUUCGAAGCGGCUGGAGACAGCGCCAUAGGGCUUUCGCCGAAUGCAGCCAUGUCUCUGCUGCGCCUUCUCAAGUCUGCGCAGAACCAUACCGGUCUAAGGGCGACACUCUUCAAGGCGGUCGGAAAGGUAUUCAAAGGAGUGGGGCCAUCAGCAGACGAGGUUGUCGCGAGAGAUGCAUGGAAGCAAGGCCGCAAUGCAUGCACUGGUGAAAAAUCAAUGCUCGUCCAGGCAAGCGCGUGCUACUGUCUCGAGCAGCUCAUACGCUACACGACCUUCUUUGACAACUCCAACGACUUCGACAAGCUGCAAAACGUUGCUUGGAAGACUAUCGAGAGCGCCUCGGCCUCUGUCAGACAUGCCGUAGCGUCCUGUAUUAGCACAGCCUUCGUCAAGAACUACUCGGAGAAUGCCCCCGUGGAUCUGCCUAUCCUUACCCGGUCCAAGACGGCGAAGAAAAAGAACAAGAAAGGCGCGGAUGCAGAUGGCGACGAUGAAGUCAUGGAGCGACCUGAUUCUCCUGCGCCGAAGAAAUCUGCCACAAAACUCUCAUUCACUGUGUCCACCAUGCUGAAACUUCUCUCGAACCGAUACUGCUUAGCGGGGACUGGCAACCGUGGAAGAGCUGGACUCGCUGUGUGCUAUAUGAAGACUUUCAGAGGCCUUGGCGAGCAAGUCGUAGAAUCCAAGUACUCGGAGAUCUCGCGGAGCCUUUUCAAUGAUCUUCUCAGCAACUCAGUCAUUACCCAGAAUCGCUAUCGAACACUGAGCGCAAGAAAAAGCGUCGCGGUGAUUCUUGAGCAUGUAAUCGGCCAUGACAUGCUCGGUGAGUCUGGCCAACUGAACGCUGCGCGAUUCCUCGUCAACGACGUCCUCAAGGACUAUCCACAGGCUCUCAAGGAGCGGCCAGAGCCAACAAAGCAAACAUUGAUAGGCGCCCUAAGCACCCUCUCUUCCCUGUUCAACAGCCUGGGAUCAGCCACCAAUACCAUUGCCGAUUCUUGUCGAGACGCACUCAUCCAGGUCCUACAGCAUCCGAGCUACACGGUGCAAGUAUAUGCUUCUGCUUGUCUCCGAUCUUUCGUUCUCGCUUGCCCUCUUCAGCUUCUGCCCGCGGUCACGAUAUGUAUGAACAGCGUCAAUCGGGAACUUGGUCUUCUGGGUGGGCCCCGCCAAUCGCCUCGAAAAUGCGUUGGUCUGGCCAACGGUCUCUCUGCCGUCCUCAGCACUUCCACAUCACAGCCUCUCCACGGCUCCGUAGACGUGAACUCAAGAGUACUCUCUCAAGCUACGACGCUUCUCAAAUCAAGCAGUCAGUCGGAUCUGAGAGUAUCAUCGACCCAAAUCCAGGUCGCGUGGAUCUUGAUCGGGGGUCUCAUGACUCUAGGACCAAAUUUCGUCAAGAUUCACCUGUCGCAAUUGCUCUUGCUCUGGAAGAAUGCGCUCCCAAAGCCUUUGAACAGGGACAAUAUGGUGCAAAGGAACUUGUUUGAACUCAGUUUCCUGACUCACGUCCGCGAAUGUGCCCUAGGCUCUAUCCUGACAUUUCUUCAAUUCAACAGUCGGUUGCUGACGCUGGACGUGACCAAGCGACUAGCUGCCAUGUUGCAGAACACUACCAUGUUCUUGAACACCUUACCUACGAAGAAGACGACUGAUGACGUUGCGCAAAAACUGUCGCCUGCACUACAACUUCAUGAUUUCGACCUCAUGUGCUACACAAAACUAGUCGAGCUCAGUCCGGCAAGUAGCAGUGAAGUCUUGCUCCAGACCAAUCUACUGCCCUUCGCAGUGGCAUCUUUCGCGGAACCGGACAAUUACACUUCCAGCUCCUUCAGCACUGCCAUAGCUAGUGCAGCAGGCAGUUUCGAGAGCAUUUGGGAGGUUGCGGAUAACCACGGCUUCGGUGUGAACGGACUCGUCAAAGGCUAUGAUGUCAAGCCACUACCGGGGGAGCAUGAGACAGGUUCGCGCCAUCACUGGGUCACUAGACAUGGACCUGAAGCGAUUAUCGAUCGAGCCACCCCAAAGAUUCAGGAGAGUAUCCUUGAACAAAUGACUUCCUUCCUCUCAGCGAGCAGUCUGCAGCGAGACAUCAACAGAAAGACGGCGAUGAUGGUCAACAUGGCAUGUGCUUUGCUCUUAGCCCUCAAAGUUGCCGUAAAAGAGACCCGUUCUCCUUCUGGGAGCCUGAAAGGAGUUGCUGUAGAGAAGGUCAUGCAGGACUUGCUACAUAUGUUUGUUAUCCUGCCCGAUCCAUACCUGCGCAAUGUUGCGGGAGAAGCUCUUGGACGUCUUUGUAACAGUUCCGGCAAUGCGCUCACUACCACUGAGGUCAACUAUCUUGUAGACCAAAUUGUUGCCAAUCGAGAGCCCAACGCUCGAUCCGGCUAUGCAGUGACUCUAGGCUGCAUCCAUUCCCAGCUUGGUGGCAUGGCUGCUGGCUACCAUCUCAAGAACAUCCUUGGCAUCCUCAUGUCUCUUAGCAACGACCCACAUCCAGUAGUCCACUUCUGGGCCAUCGACAGUCUUUCGCGGGUUGCUGACUCUGCAGGUCUUUCCUUCUCCAGCUAUGUCACUAGCACUUUGGGCAUGCUUGCUCAACUGUAUGCUGCUGAUACGCAUAACGAAGAGUCUGCGUCUCUGGCGUCAUCGAACAUUGAGAUCGAUCUUCCAACUCCUGCGGUAAUAGCAAGAUGUAUCGACAGUACGAUCAACGUGCUUGGUCCAGAUCUGCAGGACAUGGCGAAGGCGAGAGACAUGGUCAUGACUCUGAUUGGUCUGUUCCAAGCAGAAUCAGAUGUGCUCAUCCUCAUCGAGAGCUUGCGAUGUCAAGAACACGUCUCGCUGUAUGCGCCAGGUCACAUGAACUUCUCAGCCUAUGUGAAGCACCUUCAGCGCUCUGUUGAAAGUAGCUCGGUCCAAAUCAGAGACAUGGCAAUCGAUGGCUUGCAUAAUCUCAUGCGACGAAACACUGAAGAAGUCAUGAAGGCCGGUGAGCCAGGCUUGGAGGAUCAACUAUGGCACGUCCUCGACAAAGACUCCGAGCACGAAGUUGUGCGCAACAUCAUUCGCAACUGGCUACAACAAACUGGUCUGACUGACGCCGCCACCUGGGUCCAGCGUUGUCAUUCGGUUCUCACGAAGACGAAGAAGGUCGAACCACAGGCACAAGCAGAGAACAAGCCUAGAGGCGGCGGACCUGAUCUGCAAGAUGAGGAAGUUGCAGGUUUUGCUUCGGCGAACAAUGCACCUGGAGCAGAUGCUGGUGAUGCGACCCAGGUCAGCCAAGAGCUGCUCAAGUGGCAAGUCAGAACAUUUGGCAUGGACUGUCUGAGUGAGCUAGUCGCAAUGAUCAGCAAGGAGGCUGCUUUCCGAGAGGAGGCGCCUUGUGUAGCAGCACUACAGCACCGGGUCGCGGAUGUUGUCCGUAUUGCCUUCUCGGCAUCAACUGCUGGCGUGGUUCAGCUGCGGAUACGUGGGCUGAAGAUUAUCGAUCAAGUGCUCAAGUUGUUCGGUAAAACAUCCGAUCCUGAUUUUCCAGAGGUCACAUUGCUUGAGCAAUAUCAGGCACAGAUCGGUUCCGCGCUUACACCAGCUUUCGCCGCAGACUCUUCGCCGGAGCUUGCGGCCGAGGCAAUCAAUGUUUGCGCCACAUUCAUAGCCACAGGAAUUGUCACAGAUGUAGAUCGCAUGGGUCGCAUCCUUAAGCUGCUCGUUUCUGCGCUCGAGAACUUUUCGAGCGAGUCGGAAACAGCAGCUAUUGGCGAUCUCAAGGGCCUAAGUUCGAACUCACAAGUCAUGGUAAAGAUGGCUGUCUACUCAGCAUGGGCGGAGCUGCAGAUUGCGAGUGCGGAGCAGACAUACCUCGUUGAUGUUUUGAAACCACACAUUGCCAAAUUAACACCGCUGUGGUUGGCGUCUUUGCGCGAAUAUGCUAGGCUUAGGUUUGAGCCUGAUAUUUCUUCAUCCAUGGGCGGUUCGUCUUCGCUUUCCGGUAGUUUGGAUACGAUAUAUGCUGCCUUGAACCGGGAAACACUGCUUAAGUUCUACCAGCAAUCCUGGCUCAACCUCGUCGAUGCCAUUGCCAGUCUUAUCGACGAAGACAGCGAAUUCGUCUUUGAUGCGCUAGAUGGCAAGACAGAGCUCUCCGAGUCGACGCCCAACGGCAAGGCCGACCACAUCAACUACCGUGAUGAGCCCGUUGCUUUCUUCUUUGUGCUUUUCGGUCUUGCUUUCGAAGCACUUGCAGGUCGUCCUGGGGAUCUUCAAGCCUCCAAAGAGCAGAUUCUGGAGAUUUUGCAAGCGCUUAAGAAGAUUCUGCGACCUUCGGUUUCUGGACAUGCAAUCUAUCGUGACGUCGUCUUCUCUGAGACGAUGGAUAUGCUUGAUCGAUUAGUCUUGACAGAAGGUUUGACAGUGCAGAAGGUCAUUGUCGACAUUGCACACAUCGAUCAGCUAUUUGAGCUGACAAAGAUCAUCGUGCUCGUGCUCUCUGGUUUGGUACCUGGCCUGGAAGAAAGCAAUUCGAAAGCUCGUCAUGAUCUUAACGAGGAAGCUAUUGCUCUUCUCACAACUGCACUUUCCGCGCUUGUCGAUGCUGCUCAGGUAUUCCCAUCAAUCAUCAAAGCCGACCUACACGCGUGUAUACUACACAUCUUCGCCACAAUUCUUGGCACUGGUGCUUGCCAGGCAGCAGUUGUUCCGCAGGCACUGCCAAUUUUCAAACGAUUCAUCACAAGUCUUGCGCCCCAAGCAGAAGCAACGGAGGAUACUAGCAAACAGCUACGCGCAACUCUAACACGCUUCCUUGCCAUCCUACGCCAUGCACAACAGCGCGAGUUCGACGCAGCACUCGCUUGCGAAAAGAACUCCGUCCUCGCAACCACAAUCCUCCUCAGUUCCGCCUCAUCCGCCUUCUCCCCAAGCGACCCACUCGUCAAGCGCUUCGUCGAAGACCUUUUCGACUGCCUAAACGCGCGCAUGACCUCCAAAGUCGCCGCUGGCUGCUGUCGCUCUCUACUCCUCCUCCCCAAAAAAGGCGCCUUCGAAACCGGCCUCGCCGCACUCAUGCUGCCACACAUCCUCUCCUUCAUCGCCAACCCAUCCGACGUCGAAGGCCUCGAAGAAUCACGGACCACACUUGCGCAAACACUCGUUGCGUUUAUAUCUACUCUCCCGCAAUCCGAACAGCGCCAAGUGGCUAGUAAGAUUAUUAUACCCGCGCUGCUUGCGCGGGUGCAAAAGGAGCCCGGGACGAGCCAGGAGACUGCGACACGCUUGCUGGAAAUUGCGGGCGCAGAUCAAGUGGCCUUUAGAGCGGUGGUUGGGGGGUUGAGUGUAGAGCAGAGGGCGCUGGUUGAGGGGGUGUUGAAGAGUGGACAAGGGCCGGUUAGGAGGGAGACUAGGGGAGAUGAGGAUGAGGGGCCGAAGAUUGCGCUGAAGAUGGAUUUUUAG